CUUUAUAUUCGUUCCUGUAUCUGUCAAAACGGUCUAUUCACGGGACACCCAGAUCCGUCUGCUGGCAAACGGGAGGCUGCAGUUGUGUUUCCCUCCGGUUGUGCUGCGUGUGCGUAUGCGUGCGUGUACGUGAUAAGCCUUUCUUUUCUUCCGCAACCGAAAAGCUCACGGCAAUCAAACAACACACCAAAAGCUGUACGAGUGGGCAGGCGUUUGUGUCCAAUCGCGGUAAAAGAUAAGACCGACAUCCGUCGCACACUAACACGCAUUCAGGCAGUCACGGGCGGUUACAGUGUGUGCUAGUUGUGCCGAGUGCCGGGAGGAAAAUAAAAUGGCCGUAAUGCAGCGAACCGUCGCGGUAAUGGUGGCCCUGCUGGUAACGCUGGCCAGUGGCCACUCGGAUACGACCAGCGUACAUCUGACGAAGGAUAACUUCCAGACGGAGCUCGAUGCUAGCAGUUACUUCGUUAUGUUCUACGCACCGUGGUGCGACUACUGCAAGAAGGUGGCACCGGUGUGGGCCUCCUUAGCCGAGGCACGUAACGGCGAACCGGACGCUCUGGUAAAGAUCGGACGGGUCGACUGUACGACCGAUGGUGAUCUCUGCACGCAGCACGACAUUACCGGCUAUCCGAUGAUGAAGCUCUUCCGGAAAGGUGCGUCCGGUGCGGACAGUGGCAUUAAGUACCGUGGGGCACGGGAUCUUGCGCUGUUCAACGCGUUCCUGCACGAGCAGCUGACGGUGGCCGGGGACGGCGCGAAGGGCACGGACGGGGACGACGGUUCCCAGGAGGAUGGUAUGCCGGAUGCACCGCCCGCGCCCGUCUCGCCCCUGACCGAGCUGACGGAGGACACGUUUGCAAAGCACGUCUCUAGCGGGAAACAUUUCGUCAAAUUCUACGCACCGUGGUGCGGCCACUGUACGAAGCUGGCACCGACGUGGGAGGAGCUCGCACGCAGCCUCGAGCACGAGCGGGACAUUCGCGUGUCAAAGAUUGACUGCACGCAGUACCGGCCCAUCUGCACGGAUUUCGAAGUGAAGGGUUACCCGACGCUGCUGUGGAUCGAGGAUGGCAAAAAGAUUGAAAAGUACACUGGACCACGCACGCACAACGAUCUCAAGCAGUACGUCUCCCGGAUGGCCGGUGGGCUGAAGGAGGACGGUGCCCAACCGGACGACCAGGGCGAAAAGAAGGAGGGCACGCUGGAGGGUGGUACCGAGCGGGACGACAAUCGGUCGGUGGUGGUGCAGCUGAGCGAAGGAGACUUUGCGCACGCAAUCGCCAAAGGCGUUACGGUGGUCAAGUUCUACGCACCGUGGUGCGGACACUGUAUGCGGCUUGCCCCUACCUGGGAGCAGCUGGCGGAAAAGCUGGCCGCCCGGGAUGACGUCAAGAUUGCCAAGGUGGACUGUACGGUGGAUGCGAACAAGGAGCUGUGCGGUGAACAGGAGGUGAAUGGGUAUCCGACCGUUUUUCUGUACCGCGAAGGUGAAAAGGUGACCGAGUACUUUGGCCACCGGUCGCUUGACGAUCUGCAUGAGUUUGUGAUGCAGCAUUUGCAGGAUAAUGGGCCACAUGAUGAGCUGUAAGACUAAUGCGAAACAAAAUGGCCGACUAGAUGAUAGGUAAAGGAGAGGGUUAAAUCCGUUCCGUCGUGCUGCAUUUACUUGUAACGUCGUUUGCAGUUCUAAGGGUCCGUUUUGUACGUGUGUGUGUAUGGGAAAUGAUUCUUCUUUAAAUUGCAAUAAAGAAUGUUUGCCCUUAGUAUGAGCACCACUGGA